AUGGCUGAAGAGCUUGAGAAGGCAGGACUCAAAUUUCCGUAUGACGACAUUUCUCUUCCCGCAGACUUUCUCGUCUGGACUGCCAGCCAAGAAGCGGCUUUCCUGAAUGGGAAAUUCGUCUUCGCCAACUGGGAUGUGGAGGAGCUCAAAGCUAGUGCUGGGAAGAUUGAGGGUGGUGCAGACCUCAGCAUGAUGUUGCGAGGCCUGUGA